UAUUCUGCAAAGUCACAGAUCAACAGUAACCUAGUCAGUCCCGACUCACAUGAAUAAUAAAUACAUCGCCUCCUAAUCCUAGAUAAUUCAUGUGUUACGCGUUUUUGAUAAUUUAUAGCUCAGCACUAUAUAACUAUGAGUAAGAUUAAUUUGCGGUAUUACCAAACAGGCGUUUGAGUAACCGGAUAUGUUGAGUGUUUUUUUUCUGAAUGCAUGACAGUCGGAGCCCAGUCCGGUAGACCACAGUGAGUCACUCAUUGGCAUCGAGCAGUGAUGGAGGCUGCUAACUCGACCUUUAAAGACGAGAAAAAGGCCGCUUUGAUAGCCUCGGAUGAACGAGUGACCCACAAGGAGACGCAUGAGACGAGACCCACAUGGAGCGGGCAGAUGGAGUUUAUCCUGGCCACGGUGGGCUACGCGGUUGGGCUCGGUAAUGUCUGGAGGUUCCCCUACCUGUGCUACAACAGCGGCGGAGGGGCAUUUUUGAUCCCCUAUCUCAUCAUGUUGAUUUUGUGUGGCAUCCCCCUGCUUCUCAUGGAGUUUGCCAUUGGACAGUUUACUCAUCUAGGUCCAGUGCACGCUCUAGCCAAAGUCUGUCCACUAUUAAAAGGUGUUGGCCUGGCCACAGUUGUGAUUUCCUACGUCUUUUGCACCUACUACAACGUGCUCAUGAGUUGGGCCCUUUUUUAUUUGGUCAACUCAUUUGGAGCAACGCCUCCUUGGAAGACCUGCAACAACAGCUGGAAUGUUUUAGAGACCUGUUCCAGUGGUUUUCGGGGCAACACCUCUCAUCUACAGUCAGCCAGCCAACAGUUCUUUGAUCGCAGGCUUCUGGAGAAAACUGAUGGCAUUGAAGAUGUCGGUGGUGUUCAGUGGGAACUCUUCGGCUAUCUCUGUCUUGCCUGGGUCAUUGUGUACUUAUGCAUUUUUAAAGGAGUCAAAUCAGCUGGCAAGGUGGUGUAUUUCACGGCUGUCUUUCCAUACAUCAUCCUGUUCGCCUUGCUCAUUAACAAUAUGCAGCUCCCUGGUGCUAAGGAGGGUAUUUUGUACUUUGUGACGCCUGUGUGGAGCAAACUUUUCGAAGUGAAGGUGUGGGUUAAAGCAGCUGCCCAAGUGUUUAAUUCCCUUGGAAUUGCUUUUGGCUCCAUGAUUUCGAUGGCGAGUUACAACAAAUUUAACAACAACAUUGUCAGGGAUACUUUGAUUGUUUCAUUUACCAACUCAUUGACGAGCAUCCUGGCUGGAUUCGUGAUCUUCUCAGCUAUUGGCUACAUGGCCCACAUACAUAGUCUCCCUGUGGACAACAUAUCUACAGAUGGCCCAGGUCUUGUGUUUGUCGUGUACCCUGAAGUCCUCUCAACGAUGCCAGCCUUUCAGCUGUGGGCUCCUCUCUUCUUUUUUAUGUUGCUCUGUCUUGGCCUGGACAGCCAGUUUGCCACACUUGAAGUCGCUCUGACGUUCAUAAAAGAUGAAUUUGGCCCCCAAAUGCUGCGCUUUUUCAAGAGAGAAGAGGUGCUGGCCCUGGUUGUGUGCGUCAUCAGCUUUCUCCUUGGGCUUCCACACGUUACUAAGGGCGGUAUAUAUGUGUUUCAGCUGAUGGACCACUACACAGCUGUGGUCUCCCUCAUGUUCCUGGCCUUCUUUGAGGUUAUAGCCGUCUGCUGGUUCUUUGGUGUCCAUCGCAUCUCUCAUAUGAUUGAGAGGAUGCUCGGCAAAUCAGUGAACAUCUACUUCCGCAUCUGCUGGUUUCUUCUAUGUCCCUUGUUAGUGCUGUGCAUACUGAUGUCCAGUAUUAUCCAAUACACUCCUGUUCAGUAUGGUCAGUAUAGGUACCCAUUGUGGGCUGAAUGGGUGGGCUGGUGCGUCUCACUGGUCUCGCUUAUAUGGAUCCCAAUUGGUGCUAUUCAUGAGAUCUGUAGCAACAAAGGCUCUUUUAUCUCAAGACUUAGAACAGCCCUGACUACCACCAUAGAGCUGGAUAUCGAUGACCAACUGCCGGAAAAACAAAACCUCGCCAACCCAAUGGUUGAAACAACAAUAGUAUGACCACAACACAACACUCUGAUAUAGUGGAAAAUAGUUUUUUAAAUGUCAUUACAAAAGUUUCACCUCAUACAUCAUUUUGUUAGGGCUAUGUAUAUAGUAGUUAUAAUAGUAAUUGAUAGUGGGAGUGGUGCUGGGUAACUGCAAGCGUGAAUGUGAGUGUAAAUGGUUGUCUGUAUGUGCCUUGUGAUUGACAAGUGACAAGAAUGACAAGUGACAAGCCCAGGGUGCACCAGCUUUUAGAUGCGCAAUACAAAAUGGAAGAAUGAAUACUGAAUUAUUCAAUAUAAUAGUUCAUUCAAAAUAAUGUUUACACCACACACUUAAACUCAACAAAUCAGGCCAUGGUGUGUGAAAGCACUUGUUUGGGAAGCUAAACAAAUAAACAAAGAGUAAGUGCUGGGAAAAUGCAAAUCUUUUGGUAUUUGAAUUUGAUUUCCCUAACAAUUUAGGAACAGGAUCCACGGUACAGUACACACUUGGUUGUAGCCUGUCAUGCAUACGUGUUGUUCUCACCAAAGCAACAUCUCCCACCAGGGUGUUCUUGACGUUGUAAUGCAUUGGGUUACAACUGUUUGAAAUGGUUCAUCUUCAGAAAAAGAAGUUGAUGUCUGUGUUUAAGAACCCUUAGACACGUUUCCAGCUGUUAACCACUGACUCGGAGAGGAGAGCUAAAACAGAAGUUAUAAUUUAACUUGAAAUUGAUGGCGUUCGUAAUGUGGGUCUGGAGGCCAAAAAUAAUUUUUGUAGUUGGACGUGUCGCACAAGUCUAAAAUUACAUGCACAGGCUUUCCUACCAAACAUUUUAAAGAAUGAAAGCGGUUUUCCAAAGUGCUUUAAAGGCUGUAAAUAUGAAUAUGAUUGAAAGCUUUAGACACAGCAUCUGAAUAUCUUGACUGAUCAAAAACUGCACAAAAUGUAUGCACUGAUUUACUCAAUGUCAUCUUACAAUAUUUUCAGUUCAAAGUGUGAACAUUUUUCUACAAUUUUGGGACUUAACGUGGUUAUAGCAGGUUGUAUAAAAAUGCAUUGAUCAAUCAAUAAGUGUACUUAAGUUAUGUUUAUUUGACUAGGUGAUAUAACAUUACAGUUUUAGCCAAUAUGAUUCAACCUCUUGUGUUUUUUUGCAACUAGGCCUGUCAAUUCACUACAAUGAAAAUGAUCGCAUCAAUCAUAUGUAAACAAAGAUUAAUCACACAAUUAGUUCUUUUUUUACCUUAACUGCAAAUGGUUCAUUGGUUUAAAAAAAAUGGUAUGUGUAUUAUGCAAGCAAGUCAUUUUCGCAAGUGUGAUUAUUCUCUUACGAAAAAUAUAUCGGUUGAGAGAACUUGCAAUAGUUAAAAUAAAUCCAAGAAAACAAAAACAAUUACAAUCAGGGGUCUCAAACUCAAUUUAGCACAGAGUAUUUCCACUUCAGAAUCACAUUUUGUGACGAAAUGUAAUUAAACUACAAUUUACUACUUCUACCAGCAGCUAUAGUGACCAUGAGCAAUGGUAAUCAUUUUAAGUAAAACAUGUUUUGUAUUUUGACACUGCUGAUUUCUCCAGGAGAUGGUCAGAGAAACUUACGCUAGCCAACAGGAAGUUGUUCUUUGUGUUGCCAAAUGUGUUUGUUGUGGUAAUUUUUGUUUCUGCACUGUUAUUUUGUUUAUGCUGUUCUCUCUGGUGGGAUUCAAGAUUGCAAGAAUAUAUUUAACUAUAAGAUGCCGACGGUGCAUGGGACACAUUUACAUUACACUGGGAAGUCAGGUAGAGCAGUGGUUCUCAACCUUUUUUCAGUGAUGUACCCCCUGUGAAUUUUUUUUUAAUCCAAGUACCCCCUAAUCAGAGCAAAGCAUUUUUGGUUGAAAAAAAGAGAUAAAGAAGUAAAAUACAGCACUAUGUCAUCAGUUUCUGAUUUAUUAAAUUGUAUAACAGUGCAAAAUGUUGCUCAUUUGUAGUGGUCUUUCUUGAACUAUUUGGAAAAAAAUAUGUAAAAAUAACUGGAAAAUUGUUGAAAAAUAAACAAGUGAUUCAAUUAUAAAUAAAGAUUUCUACUCAUAGAAGUAAUCAUCAACUUAAAGUGCUCUCUUUGGAUAUUGUAGUAGAGAUCCAUCUGGAUUCAUGAACUUAAUUUUAAACAUUUCUUCACAAAAAAGAACUUUUUAACAUCAAUUUAUGGAGCAUGUCCACAAAAAUGAAUAUUGCAUUGUUGCAUUUCUUUUCUCAGUUUAUGAACUUAUAUUCAUAUUUUGUUGAAGUAUUAUUCAAUAAAUAUAUUGAUAAAGCUGAAUUGUUGCUAUUUUUAGAAUAUUUUAAAAAAUCUCACGUACCCCUUGGCAUACCUUCAAGUACCCCCAGGGGUACACGUACCCCCAUUUGAGAACCACUGAGGUAGAGGGCCACAAAAUAUGAGUUUGAGACACCUGAUUUUUUUUUAGUUUAAAAAACCCACUCCCAUCUGUUGUACAUUUUGAAAACGAAUACAAUGGUGGUUGAAUAUUUUGGAGUGAAACUGUCAAUUUUCCACCCAAGCCUUUGUCUUGAGCUUAUUUCAACUCAAAGAGUGCAUUUAUUUUUGGUAUUGUUGUGGUUUUAAUUUUUAAUUUUAAAAAAGGAGUCCAUGUCAUACACUCCUGAUAAUGCUCAUCCUGUAACUGGUAUGCACAUUUAAUUUUUUUUUUUACCAGCAGAGGGUACUACAAUACAUACUAUUUACAUUUAUAAAAGUGGUACGGCUACCUCACCUUUGUACUGUAUUUGCAUUCAUACAACCUGCCUUAUUACAUUUGUAUAAUCAUGUACACAACAUAUAUACAUUUUAUAUACACAAUUUCAUCAUUACAUUUUAAUUCAACAUUAUGCAACGUCAUUCUUUUUUUUUUUUUUUUACGUUUUAAGAUUUUGUUUCUUGUUACCCAUAACUCAAGUUGAUUUAUGCUGUUAUGUUGGUCAAUAAAAAACGCUCUUAUGCUAUUUGUAUUUGUGUCACUUGGUGGCAGUAUAGAGGCAGAGUAGAACUCCAAAGCAAUCUUAAUAUUUUCUGCUAAACAGAGGUGGCUUACCCUUGAAUGUGUGUUUCUUUGGAGACACAUCUUUCUGGAAUAUUGUUAUAUUGCAGGACACACACACAUUGAAUAGUAUAACUCAAUUUGGGUUUGAGAACAAGAGCGGAGACACACGCUAUUGAGAAUGUAUUGGUAUGCAUUGAGGCGGUGUGGGUGGAUGAUUUGACGACAUUGGCUGUAUUGUCAGAAUGGAUGACCCAGCUGGGGAGCGAAGGAGAGCAGAGUCGGGACAAACGUGAAUACGCUGCUCAUGAGCUUUGAAAAGUGAAUUAGGUGAAUUGUCAUAGAGGCGAGUGGUGCCCUUCGCACAAUUGCAUGUUAAUCAAUAGUCCCUUCCUGUUUGGCCCAUGGCAGAGCGUAUCAUGGCUCUGAAUUAGAGCAUGGAGCACUGUCAGAUCAAUAGUCAUGGACCGCGCAGGCCAGGGGGCAGUAAAUAAAUGGUUAUGCACGGCAGAGGGGAAGUGAUUGCGGCUCUGAAUGGGCAAUUGAGGGCUUAGCUGUGGUUGUACGCUCUGACAGGCGGGUCGCUGUUUGAAAACGUCGACACUGAUUUUUCCGACGCCCUUUGUUCAUCUGUUUGCCUGUUUUUUUCCAUCUCGGGGCGCCCUGGGAGAGAGAUAAAGAGGAUCUUAUCACAUUUAAUUUGAGCGAGUGUGUGUGCGCACAAAGAUGAUUACAGACGUCAAGUCACGGCUUUGGCGCGGGAAAUAAUACUGGCGGUUGACUCAUGUUGUUUCUCACGUGACAACUCUAUCAUGACCAUCUCGCUGCAGUGCUUUGUUCGCUGGGGAAAUGAGUUCGCCGUAGCUUUUGAUCACCCAAAAGCAGUUUGACUUGCGCGUUUAAAGGCCAAACAUCUGUGGCUUUUAACUUUAUUUUGUAGGGUUUUACAAUAGAUUGUCAUGAUCUCACAUGACUUUAGGAGUUUCUGUAUCAUUUUUGCUUUUAUUUUUGUUUACCGCUUCCUGUUUGCCCACACCACUUCUCUAGUCUGAGUGCUGGCUCCCUCAACUGUCCCUGAUUGGCAAUCAGGACACACCUGUCUCUGAUCGUCAAAUCAGAAUACGACAUACUUGCCAACCCUCACGAUUUUCCUGGGAGACUCCCAAAUUUCAGUGCCCCUCCCGAAAAUCUCCUGGGGCAACCAUUCUCCCGAAUUUCUCCCGAUUUCCACCCAGACAACAAUAAUUGGGGCAUGCCUUAAAGGCACUGUCUUUCGCGUAGUCUCUCACCUGAAACCUUCACUCCCUAACAGCUGCAUGCAAGGACAACCUGUCGUCAUGUCCGCUUUUCUUCAAUGCAAACAGCGUGCGGGCCCAGUCACAUAACAUUUAUGGCUUUUCACACACACAAGUGAAUGCAAUUCAUACUUGGUCAAAAGCCAUACAGGUCAUACUGAGGAUAUCCGUAUAAACAACUUUAACACUGUUACAAAUAUGCGCCACACUGUGAACCCACACCAAAUAAGAAUGACAAACACAUUUCGGGAGAACAUCCGCAAUCGUAACAACAUAAACACAACAGAACAAAUACCCAGAACCCCUUUAAGCACUAACUCUUCCAGGACGGUACAAUAUACACCCCCCCGUCCCCCGCUACCUCCCCAACCCGCCCACCUCAACCCCACCACCCCGCUCCAUCUCCCGAAUUCGGAUGUCUUAAAGUUGGAAAGUAUGGAAUACAACUAUGUUGCACAAUUUGCUUCCAUGCUGCGUGGAGUUCCCUGUGCUUUUUGCUUUGCUGUGCCUUCACAUGCACAUUGCCUGCUGUCUCUGCAUCCUGGGGUCUCGACCAACAACGCCACACUGAAACAUAACAAUAAUUGUCACACGCACCAAAAAUACAUUUCUUGAAAUUUCCUCUACACUAUAUUGCUAUAAGCAUUUGGCCACCCAUCCAAAUGAUGAGAAUCAGAUGUCCUAAUCACUUGGCCCGGUGUAUAAAAUCAAGCACUUAGGCAUGGAGACUGUUUCUACAAACAUUUGUGAAAGAAUGGGCCGCUCUCAGUGAUUUCCAGCGUGGAACGGGCAUAGGAUGCCACCUGUGCAACAAAUCCUGUCGUGAAAUUUCCUUGCUCCUAAAUAUUCCAAAGUCAACUUUAUUAUAAGAAAAGUGAAGGGUUUGAGGGCAGCAGCAACUCAGCCACCAAGUGGUAGUCCACGUAAGCUGACAGCGAGGGGUCAGUGGAUGCUGAAGCGCAUAGUGCAAAGACUUUCUGCACAGUCAGUUGCUACAGAGCUCCAAACUUCAUGUGACCUUCCAAUUAGCCCACGUACAGUAUGCAGAGAGCUUCAUGGAAUGGGUUUCCUCGGCUGAGCAGCUGCAUCUAAGCCAUACAUCACCAAUGCAAAGCGUGGGAUACAGGGCUGUAAAGCACAUCUCCACUGGACUCUAGAGCUGUGGAGACGCCUUUUCUGGGUGAUGGAUCACGCUUUUCCAUCUGGCAAUCUGAUGGACGAGUCUGGGUUUGGCGGUUGUCAGGAGAACGGUACAUUUCGGACUGCAUUGUGCCGAGUGUGAAAUUUGGUGGAGGAGGAAUUAUGGUGUGGGUUUAGUUUUUCAGGAGUUGGGCUUGGGCCCCUUAGUUCCAGUGAAAGGAACUUUGAAUGCUCCAGGAUACCAAAAACAUUUGGACAAUUCAAUGGGAUGGCUCUUUAGUUUCCUUUCGUGAGUAAAGGCGGGUGGCCAAAUACUUUUGGCAAUAUAGUGUACAUCUGACUAUAGCUUUGUCUUAGCCACCCUCAGUGUGACCUGUAUGGCUUUUGACCAAGUAUGCCUUGCAUUCACUCGUGUGUGUGAAAAGCCGUAAAUGUUUUGUGACUGGGCCGGCACGCUGUUUGCAUGGAGGAAAAGCGGACAUGACGACAGUUUGUCCUCACUCAGACACUACAAUUUCCAGACUAUAGGGCGCACCUUAAAAUAAGAUUCAACCACCAGAUUUUUGGACAAAUUUUUGUACACAUUUAAAUAUACACAUUGAAACAUGAAAUAUUUACAUAAGCAUUUUUGUUUAUUUACAAGUUUAACAAAAGGCAGUGCCUACUACACAACAGUAGCUGAAGUCAAUGAGCACUCUCUUUGUCCUCCUUCUCUUCUUCGGAGUUCGGCCUUAGUGGUGGCGGAUUUAUGUUUUGUGCGGUGGCUGUUAUCUUUUCCGAUGGCCUGGUCAAUCGUCUUGGGCUUUUAGGCUGCGUCUUGUGUCCUGCCUGAUGAGAGUGAGGCCAUAAUGUGCUAAAUGGCUGACUGAAUGAUAGCGUGAGUGGGUUUGAUUUAAUGUGAACAAUUUCAUUGGUCCACCGUGGCCCGUUAGCCAAUUUCAUUGGUCUGAUGUGACGAGGCUAAAUUUAUCGACAGCAUGUGAAGCUUGUGAACCCAGUAAAAUCCAUAAAUUAGCUGCACUUGUGUGUAAAGUGCAGGGUUCAAAGCGUGGGAAAAAGUAGUGGCUUGUAGUCCGGAAAUUACAGCACAUAACAUCUUGGCAGAGGUAAUUAAUCAAAGGAUAAUGAAAUCCUCUUAUCUGUGUGUGUAUGUUUUGUUCAUUUGUCGCUUCCAAACGGGCCGGAAUUACUCUUUGCUGUUUUACAGCAGAAUGAAAUACACCGCGGGAAACCUCUUGUUAGUAGUCUACACUCUUUAAGUAAACGCUCUAAUGCAGCAAUUUCUAAAGAAAAAAUUAAAAUUAAGUCCCAUGGAGGAGUGUCUCGUAGCUUUUAGAAGAAGCACUUUUUGACAGGCGGUGUUUUAUAUGUAGCCUCCCACACUUGGAAUACUAUCCAUCCUCUAAUUAAAUAGGUGAUCUGCACACUCUCAGCUCAUUUAUCAAACCUCUUAAUAGCUGCUGGAAAAUCAAACCUGCUCCCACAAGCCAACAUAAACCAACUUGAGUUUUUUCUCUACUUUUUGAAAAUAUUUUUACUUUAUUGAUUAUAUCAUCAAUGUGCUACUGAAGCUGUUAUUGUAUAUGUUCUAUUUUGUUUUCUUUAAACUGUCAUUUUAUUAUAUUGUAUGGAAUGCUGUUAUUUUUUUUUUUUACAUCUUUCCUUUUAUUUCUUGGACGAUGGGAAAAAAGCACUGCGUGAUUUUAAGAUAUAUGUUUAUUUCUAUGCCCUGUCCCUUCCAAAUAAACAAAUAUGAAAUGAAACAUGAAAUCGCAGUAAAUGACUUGCUUGCAGGGCAGCCCCAGGCUAGUUGGGGGAAUUUGGUCGAUGCCUUUUAAAGUACUGAAUUCAGUACCCGCCCCCAACCAAGGGAAGUAUCAAUGUUAUUAGAUCUAUAUCUUUAUUUUUUCAUUGUUUUUGUUGUGUUUUAUGUUAUACUUUCAGGGGAAAAAACUUAGUACAAAGCAAUAUGUGAUAUUGACUCUGUUUUGCUCCAACAAUUGUAUGUAAUAAAAAAGAAUAAGGAACUAGUUCAAACAUUGUGCUGAUGUUAAACUGCCAAUAGCACUCACCAUAAAUAAAGUGAACAACUUGCAGUCAA